CCUUCCGCUCCCAGUCUUGGUGAGGCGAUGAGUUCAGUAAUUUCAGUCUUGUCUCCUGCCUUGAAGUGAUCUAUCUCCUUCACGCUACACGGGAAGCCCAAGGUAGACAGGCUGCCACACCUCCAGUCACAGAUUCACUACUGAGCGAGCGUUGGUGACUGACAAGAGAAACGGGCCGCGGGUCAGCCCACUGAACUGUACACGUUUCAUUCGCGUUUUCAUCACGAGCAUCUUGAAGUAAAACAACAGAAUGGCAUCCACCUUACGCAUUGCUCUGGUCCAAAUGGCUGUGGCCGAGGAGAAGACCAAGAACGUGGAGCGGGCCGUGCAGCUCAUCGAGGAGGCUGCCGGCAACGGUGCCCAGCUGGUGGUGCUGCCGGAGUGCUUCAACGGACCCUGCAGCCUCAGUGAGAAUACCAAUUACGUGGAGCCCGUCCCCGGCGAGAGCACAGCCCCCCUCGGUGAGGCGGCGAAGAAGUUUGGCGUGUUUGUGGUGGGCGGCUCGGUGCGGGAGAGGGAGGGAGACAAGAUCUACAACACCUGCACAGUCUGGGGGCCACAGGGCAACAUGUUAGCAAAGCACAGAAAGAUGCACCUUUUUGACGUCAAUAUCCCUGGUGAACUAGUCUUGCAAGAGUCCAGGUUCUUCACUCCUGGCAACACCUUGACCACCUUUGAGCUCCCCCACUGUAAGAUUGGACUCGGCAUCUGUUACGACAUGAGGUUUCCAGAAAUGGCCCGACUUUAUGCAAAGUUAGGGUGCAAAGUGGUGCUGUACCCCGGAGCCUGCAGCAUGGUCACCGGCCCGGCCCACUGGCAGCUGCUGCAACGAAGCCGUGCCAUCGACAACCAGGCGAGUAACGGUCCUUUUGGUGUUUAAAAGAGACGUCUUGUACACGGCUGUGCUCUGGUGGCAACUGCACGAGCCCCGCUGUGUUGCUGAUGAUUGCUGGAGGCGUUGCCUGUCCCAUGCCACAAGGCUGUUAGUGCUUCAGUUGUGUG